CGCGCUUCGGCUUUCGACGCCACGCCUCUCUCCGUAUCCAGAGCGGGGAAUUCUGCUCGCCGAUUUUCGUCUUCAACUGGCAAACGACUGAGCCUUUCCUUAUUCUUGCCUCUCGUCACAGACAUUGCGAUCAGCGGGGUUAGGCUUUCGAGCCUAUGGCCUGGCUGAGAUUAACAUGGCUGGAAUCAGCCUUCCGAGCACCGAGCAACUUGACACCACGCGCUGUCCGACACCCAGCAAGUCGCGCCCCGCCUGCAUUCGAAAUCCGCAGCUCGCCGAACAAGGGCCUAGGCGUCUUUGCGGCCAGGGAUAUACCCCGCGAUGCCAUGAUUAUGCGUGAUCCGCUCGUUUUCCGAUAUGACGAGGGCGAAGAUCUCGCGCAACGGUACCGCAGAUUCACUGUGCUCCCAGGUGCAACGCAGCGGGACAUCCUGGGGCCCGCGGUGCGGCAAAGGAGGGCCACUGCUCGCGGUAGCUUUCAGCGUCCUAUCGAGUGGGAAGGGCGUGGAUUCCCUCGCCGAGAUCAUGCACCUGGAAGACAUCAUCACUACGAACGGCUUCGGUAUCCACGCGGACACCGGCUCGCCUGGAGGCCUCUUCCCGAAUGCUUCUCGCAUCAAUCAUUCGUGUAUUCCGAACGCUGAUCAGGCAUCCUUCGACAACGAUGGCUACAAGGUGAUGCGUGCCAACCGAGAUAUUGAGACUGGCGAAGAGAUUACCACUUCCUACAUCGCGCAUUUCUUGCCUCGUGAGCUCCGACAGCUCCUUCUGGGACGGUGGGGUUUCGCCUGCCAGUGUCCAGCAUGCGAUCCUAGCCAUCCAUUCAGCCACCCUCACGAACGAUUCCUCAAGGAUCACCAUCAGCUCUGCCAAGACUCCUGCAUGGGCAACACCGGUCGGCUGAAGGCUGGUGGAGCGUGGUCAUAUGCGGUGCUCGAGCAAGCGGCAAAGCGAGCGCAGAAACGGAUUGAGCUGCUCGCCAAACACCAUGCCCUACGGAAAUUCUCUCGGCAGGCAUACCUGGGAGCGUUUGAUAUCGCUCUUGCACAGUAUAAGAUGAGGCGGCUUAGGUCGAAGCUCGGAGAUGCUAUCAAGCUCUUGGAGCUGGUUAUCGAGGCAGACAGAAUCUAUUACGGCGACACUAGCGCUGUUACCCAAGAACACGAGGGACUUUACAACAGGCUUCAAGGAGGCGACAUCCCAGGGGUAUGAUUACUGUAGGGCUGCUCCAACAAGGAAUUCCGGAUCGCGCCCAGCGGCUGCCUUGGUGUCUACGUAUGAGUGAACCCUUUUGAGGGAGGUUCUGAUGUUCACAAGCGAGGUUCGAACCUCACUGCUCAGAGAAUGGCGAGAUAAUGAGCUUUUUUUCUUUAGGAAUUAAGUCGGGGCACCCCCUGUCCGGCCACCCCCCACUCCGGCCACCAAUCCGCAUCGGAUCACCACCAAACCCGGUGCAUUCAACAGCAAAUUUCUAUCCCAAUUCAACCAACCUCGAUGCAACUAUAUAUAGAUUCCUGAUCAGAAUCCGACACUCUUUCAGACGCUGUAUCCAUUACCUCCUUAACGUUACCCCUCGCCUCUGCAACGCGGCGGAUAUUCACAAAAGUCUCGUUGGGAUCCGUGGCCACCUUUCUCUUUUUGCGACGCCGCUGUGCCUCCAAUUGGGCCUCCAACUGCCUGAUUUUUUGAUGAGCUGUAGCCAAGUCGUAUUCGUGUACGCUGUA